AUGCACUGUGUUAUUUUUGCUAACAGUUAUGAAUAUAAAGAUGGAGAGAGCCCUCAGAUCGCGAAUGAGUGGAAGCUUUCACUAAGUCCCCUUCUUAAGGCGAGUGCUGUCUGCAAUAUAUCUUGCCAUAAUGCUCUCAUCGAUGCAACGGCAGUCCGCAUAGAGCAGCACUUACCCCUGGAUGAUGGAGGUGACCUGCCGGACAGUCAAAGUGGUAGUGGUAGCAGCGGUUAUAAUUUGUGUAUCGUCUACACAGAUGACAACUGUCGAGAGAUAUUCACUUACUCUUAUCCAACUGCUGUAUAUCUCAAGCGUAAG